AUGAGGCGGCCGAGAGGCAUUGAUUUGCUCGCCAUUUUCGUUUGGGGACUCUUGCUUCUUAUUCCUGCCGUCUCCGGAAGCUGGCUUCGAUGGAGAGGAAGACGGGAACAUACUAAAGAGUCCCUUGCCCCGCUUAUAUCGGAGGCACAGGAUGCGCCGAUUAGCAGCCUCCAUAAUGAAGUUCACCGAGCCAAGCCCACUGUUUUCAAGAAAAGCUUGUCAGUUGAUACCUCAAGUCCAGCGCCUGCGCAACUGGGUGAAAGACGCCCUACAGAUGACAGCUCUAAGACAAAGUUCACUUCGAACAGUUUACUAAGGAAUGUGCAUGGUUUCCAAGACAGCCCUCCACCCAAGAACGGUGUCUCUGUCCCUUUUAAUCAUAGAAACUCUGAAGGAUUGAAAAUAUUGGACUACAUAAUAGUGACUGAUUUAGAGGGUGGUCUUCAUGCAGUGCACAGGAAGACUGGUGAAAUUUUAUGGUCCAACACCAAUGUCAGUGCUCCAUCCAUUUACGUGAGCGAACCUACUGAUUCCAGUAACGAGACAUUGAUAGUCGAGCCCUAUGGCGAUGGCAACAUCUACUACUUCAAUAUCUACCAAGGACUACAGAAGUUGCCAAUAUCUAUUAAACACCUCGUCAACGCUUCGCCGUUGGAUCUGAAAACUAGAAUUGUGGUUGACGAAAACGGCACUACAAUUGAUGAUGAAAAGAUUUACACGGGUUCUCGCCAUUCCGCUGUAUUCAAUAUAAACAUAAAGACGGGCCAAGUUCUGUCAGCUUAUGGGCCAGGAACUGAGAACAAAGCAUAUGAUGACCUGGGCACAAACUGCACAGAACAGUCGUUUUCAACAGGAGCUUGUGAAGAUGUUUUUGUUCUUGGCAGAACAACAUAUGAGCUUUCUAUUUAUUCCAAGCUUGGCACCGUCUACAAUGUGACAUACGGAGCUUGGCAGCAAAACUCUGCUGACAACAGUCUCGCGAAUCAAUAUGAUCGGUCUGCUGAUGGCAUUUUGAUUGCUCCAUUUGGCGAGAAAUCCCUCCUGGCAGUUGAUUCUGAAUUAAAUUUCGCAAAAUGGAUAUCUUCUCAGUUUUCGGGCACGAUUAACAAUGUCUUUGACGUGUUCCUUGACGGAAAAACUAGCGAGAAAAUAAUUUUGCCGCAUCCCAUGAAUCCACGAACAGUCUCCAACCACCAGAGUCGCGUCCUUCUUGGCCGGACUUCUGAGGGAUGCUGGUAUGCAAUGUCGGACGAGUUUUACCCGUCAUUAGUAGACUCCUCUUCGAUCUCAAUUUACAAUCAUAGAAGAGAAUGGAAGAUGCCGCAGACCCUGAAAGAUGUACAGUCACUUCAGGACGCAAUGGUAGGUGUUCAUGAUUUGCAGAGUCUCCAAUUCGAACAAAUUAUUGAACAUGAGCCUCGCCCAUCUCCAAAGUCCUUACCCGCCAGUUCCAUGCUUUUGAUUGAUAGCCCUAGGCCUCCGAGAAGUGAUAACCGUGGGCUUAUUGUCGAAGAAGAUUCCACUAAAGCUCUUGAAAAAUACAUCUCUAAAGAAGAAAUGCUUGCCUUGAAAUUACAAGCCAAAGAAAAAAUGGCCAAGGAUCUCCUUUCAGCGCACCAAAAAUCGUUUGCAUACAGGUUUGCAAAUUUUGUUUACCGUAUUGUCGAAGGAGGAUUAAUGUUACUCUUCUCUUUUUUCAUCCUCGGUUUACUCUCGAGAUUCAAGGUUUUAGCUCCACUUCAUGUGUUUUUAGAGCGAAGCGGCUUGAUAUCGGGUCAAAAUCUCGAAACAGGCUCGAUAAAGAUUGAAGAUAAAGAAGAUACAUCAAACACACAAGAUGAGCCUCAUGAAAAGCACGUUCAAAUUUUGAACCCAACUUCAGACAAUGAACAGAACUCAAAGGAAGAAGGCUCUAGUGAGCGAAGAAAGCGAAAGAGGGGCUCGAGGGGGAAGAAGAAAAACAAAAAGGUGCACGAAUUUUCACAAACAGAUGCCACAGGAAGCUCAGAGGCAGAUGUCGAGGCCGACCUGAAGCAUUUGACGGUUUCGAAAAAGGUCUUAGGAUACGGAUCUUCUGGAACGGUAGUUUUCCAAGGAACAUUUCAGCACAGACCUGUUGCGGUGAAAAGGAUGCUUAUUGAUUUUUACGAUAUUGCGACUCAAGAGAUAAAACUUUUAACAGAGAGCGACCACCAUCCCAACGUCGUGAGGUACUACUGUUCUGAGAUCACCGGCAGAUUUCUUUACAUCGCUCUGGAACUUUGUACUUCAACAUUAGAGGAUGUUGUAGAGGGCAAAAAGGAAUCCUCAAAGAUAAUAGAGGCUAGGGAACAUUUAGACCCUAUAAAUGUUUUGUUUCAGAUUGCGCAGGGUGUUGCUCAUCUACAUUCGAUGAAAAUUGUUCAUAGAGAUUUGAAGCCCCAGAACAUCUUAGUUGCCCCAACGAGGAAAUAUAUGCAACAUCUUGAUUCCAGCUUGGCUCCAAUGCGUGUUCUCAUUUCCGAUUUUGGGCUGUGUAAAAGGCUUGAGCCAGAUCAAUCCUCAUUCCACACCAAACAAGGGAACGCUUCGGGAACAAGCGGAUGGAGAGCUCCGGAGUUACUUGAUGGCUGUGCCACUUCUGAUACAGAAAAUGAUGGAAGCUACGGGAGCGCUGAAAGUAGUAUCUCUUACGUUUAUGAUCCUUUUUAUCACAAACGUUUAACCCGAGCUAUUGACAUAUUUUCGAUGGGUUGUGUCUUUUACUAUGUGCUAUCAAAGGGAAGUCAUCCAUUUGGAGACAAGUAUUCGAGAGAUAGUAACAUACUCAAAGAGUCAUGGUGUCUUGAUGAUAUCAAUAAGUCCUUGAAAGAUAGGUGCUCUGUUAUAGAAGCGAAAGAUCUCAUAAGACAGAUGAUAUCAAACAACCCUAGCCAGAGACCGGCUGCUUCCCAGGUUAUAAAACAUCCACUUUUCUGGCCAAUAUCCAAAAAGCUCGAAUUUCUCCUGAAAGUCAGCGAUCGGUUCGAAGUUGAAAGGCGUGUGCCACCGAGCCCUUUACUCUUAAAACUCGAGGAAGCUUCUCCGCGGGUAAUACCCAAUCGAGAUUGGACUGUAAAGUUUGAUGGGGUUUUUAUGGAAAACCUAGGGAAGUACAGGAAGUACAGCGGUGAAAAGCUAAUGGAUUUGCUGAGAGCAUUCAGAAACAAAUAUCACCAUUUUAUGGACCUUCCGCCAGAGCUCGCUGAGGUUAUGGGCCCAAUACCAGAUGGGUUUUUUCUUUACUUUGCCAGGCGGUUUCCAAAUCUGCUUCUGGAGAUUUACUUUGUAGUACAAAGGAAUUUGAAGCAUGAUCAAAUUUUGGGGGACUAUCUUUGA